UAACAUGUGCCAAGCCCCAAGUCACAUGACUCUAUGUUGUAUAACUGCAAAACGGGCUAAGUGAUUAGAAGUGAAGAAGCAGAAUAAUGAAUUGCAGAAAAUACAAUCAUUAGUACCGGAUGUUAGGGAAAGGGGAGUAAACCUUCCAAAUGAAAUAGUGCGCAUUUAAAAAAUGCUGAAUGACACAGGACUGCAGAUUUAAGGUCAUAGGUCACGCUUGGAGUGUUUAUUCACAGAUUUUUAGGUGACGCCAUGUUUGUUUACGUUUCUGCACGUGCAGAUUAGCGUUAGCUUUAGCAUGCCUGCAUACUGCCAGGGGGCAACCGGAGACGGAGAAGAAGAAACCAUGUUUUCGUUGAGGCGUGCAGGCGCCCAAGCGAAGCGUGUGAUUGGAGGAAAUGUAACAACAACAAAGUACUUAUCGAUGACUGAGCGAGCGGUGUGGCCGCGUCACGUUCAUCGCCGCGCUCGCAAGAUUAAUCUUCCACGCUCGCCUUGUGCCGACUCGCAGUUGGAAUUGCCCUUGGCUGGUUCCUUCGUGUGUGUGUGUGUGUGUGUGUGUGUGUGUGUGUGUGUGUGUGUGUGUGUGUGUGUGUGUGUGUGUAUGUGUGUGUGUGUGCGUGUGUGUGUUAACUGCCAGGAUUAGCCUUUUUAACAUGGCGUCAUUGCGCUAAACACCUGGCUUCAUCUGACAGCUCGUCCAGGACGACCACACGCAAACAGACCUGCUGAUACGUCUUGGGAGUGAUGCACUGGCUUCCCCUGGUUGCCAUGGUGAUCGCCUCGGCUCUGCCCUUCCCUCACAAGCCCUUGUCCAGGAGCGCCGCCGCCGCCAGCGUGGAGCCCGGCUUCAGAGAGGACGACGACGACAUGGCCGCCACCCACAGCCGGGAACACCUCAGGAACCUUACAGCUUUAGGUUUGGACCCCAGGGUCAGUUUGGAGGUUCCUGAGAAAAAAGGUCUCCCAAAGAACAGACACCAACAAGACCGCUUCAGUCUGGUGGACAGCUUUCAGGACUCCAGACCCACACAAGCUUCUGUGGUGGAAACCCAAAUAGGUGAAAGUCCUGCUGCGGGUCCCAGGAGUUCCAGACGAGGGGCGCCGACUGUUCCCUCGGAGCAGCUCAGGAACGGGGCCACACCGGCUGAGGGCACCCUGAGGGCGAGCCCAGGAACUGCGCUGGACACCGUCUUGGAAGGGGACGACAUGUUUCUGGACGCGCACCCACGGGUCGUGUUCUCACCCUCGGGGUCGCCGCCCGAGGACCCGCCUCUGCUCCUCAUGCUGGAGACGGGCCUGCUGGAGGAGGACUCGGACGAGCCGGAGGAGCCCGACGAGCUCAUCGAGGGUCACGGGGACCGGGCGAUCGACAGGGGCCUGAGAUGGGCCAACGCCUCGGGGUUUACGGCCGACGCGGCCCGCCCCGUCAGAAGGGACAAGCGCUCGCAUUUGAUGGACAGGCGGCGCGGGGAGAAGUCGGUGUGCGAGUCGGAGAGCGUCUGGGUUACCGACAAGAAGACGGCCGUCGACUCGCACGGCCAGACGGUCACCAUCUUGCAGGAUAUCCAGACCCAGACGGGGCCGCUCAAACAGUACUUCUAUGAGACGCGGUGCCGCCAGGCGGAGCAGCAGCAGAGCGCCGCCGGACGCCCGCCGGGCGCCAAGGGGCCGCUGUCACAGCCCACCGGCGUGGCCGGCGCUGGCUGCUUGGGCGUGGACAAGAAGCAGUGGGUGAGCGAGUGCAAGGACAAGACGUCGUUCGUGCGCGCCCUCACCAAGGACGCCAACAACCGGACGGGGUGGAGGUGGAUCCGCAUCAACUCGUCCUGCGUGUGCGUGCUGCUGUCGAGAGCCAAUCAGAUACUGGGGAGGGAGGUCUUGGCAAGGAGGGGGCGGGGCUAAAGAAUCAAAAACCUCAAAGACUCUUUUUGUACGAUUACUCUUUCAUCAUCUAAGUUAUUAGUACGUACGCAUGAUAUUAAUAUAUUCCUCCAUGUACGAUAUACGUGUAUGUAUGGAGCUUGUAUAUUUAUAGAAGAGUGGUGACUCCAACUGGAGGUCCACAGUAGUGCUCCACGCCACACCUUUGAUGUUGGAGCUGGAGCAUGUUUUUAGAUUCCAGCUCAGAAGCAGCAAGUUUGAGCAUCCUGCCAAACGUGGGAAUAAAGGAUCUUUGUACGUACAAAGAU